AUGCUUGAUUAAGCACUUAGAAUCAUUGAAAAGACAAAUUAUGGUAUGGAUAAAAAAGGGGAAAUAAUUGAUGACAUAGAAAAAGUUUAAUAAUAGAAUCUUUUACUUCAACCAAUUAUAUAAGUCACUUCUUAAAAUAUCUUCAAAGUAUUGUAUCAAAUUAUAUAUUGAU